AUGCUCAAGUAUCGAGGCGCUGUCCUUUCCCGGUCUCAAGAACCUCUCGAGCAGCAGUUACUGGCAACUUUACGUGGACCUGUCGCUUUUGCUGCACUCUGGAUUGACAAUACUGGCUUCAGCGACAACGACUGGUACGAAUUCUCCCGCAACUAUGAAGGUGGAGCACCAGAGCGUCGCAUCAUGCAAUGCAUGUCUCGCGUCCCGGUUUUCCUCAAGAGAGGCAAAAUGUGGAAGCACGACCCCGUCGCAGAUCCGACACUCCCGGCUGAUAUCACAGCAUGCUACGAGACACUGCGCCUUACAAACAUGUACGUCCGUGAAACGAUGCAGAAAACGAAGCAGCGGUUCGCCGACGGAGAGCUGGAUUACUUGUUCUUCGCAAAAAUCGAUUUCGCUCUCGUCCGACUCGAUGGCCUGGCGCUGGCAGUGACCGCGAUCGUAGGAUGCAUGCUUUUAGCUGUCAGCCCUUCAUACCGGAAUCUCCAACAGGAGAUGGACGAAUAUGCGACUGAUGUUCUUCGACUUGCACAUCAGCUGGACAGGUACCGUCCCUUAGGAGCCUGCGCUAUGCCUCUCUGUCUGGCCGUUUGCCAGGCAACCACGGCGGACCCGCAACUCGAGUCGCAACUUGGGAUGAUUCUUAGGGACUACAUGCGCGACUAUCCGAGCAGAAACAGCGCUAUCGCAUUUUGCGCUGGAGUGGAAGAUUUGCGGCGAAAAUUGAAGUUCAUGGACUAA